GGACCGUGACCUGCUUGCUGAUUUGUUUAAAUUUGCAGCUCAUUACCACCACCUUUCUAGAGCCACCUAGGCAGAGGAAAGCCACCCAGUAUCCCAGGGUGGGGAUGCAGCAGGUUCACAUUCAUGCGGCAAUGAACUAUCAAUUCACCCUGGACAUGGAGGCCUUGAGCAUAAGCAUGGGGGAUCAGUUUACAGCUCUGGAUUUCAGUAACUAUAGCAACUAUAGCAACUACAGCAAUGAGCUGCCAGAAGAUGACUACUUAUGCCCUGAGGUCCACAGCUGGGAAGACCAGCUAAGCUUCAAGGCAGUUUUUGUGCUGGUGGCCUAUAGUGCCAUCUUCCUCCUGGGCAUGUUGGGCAAUGCAUUGGUGCUCGUGAUUCUCAUGAGCCAUCGGACGACCCGAAGUUCCACGGAGACCUUCCUGCUCCACCUGGCCGUGGCUGACCUCCUCCUUGUGCUUACCCUGCCGUUUGCUAUGACUGAGGGAGCUGUGGGCUGGGUGCUCGGGCCCUUCUUCUGUAAGACUGUGAGUGCCCUUCAUAAAAUCAAUUUCUACUGCAGCAGCCUGCUCCUGGCCUGCAUUGCCGUGGACCGAUACCUGGCCAUUGUUCACGCUGUUCACACCUACCGCCACCGCCGCCUCUUCUCCGUCCACAUCACCUGUGGGGCUGUUUGGCUGGCUAGCUUUCUCUUUGCACUGCCUGAGAUCCUGUUUGUGACAGUCAGCAAAGUGACAGGCACCAACGGUUCUGCUACCUGCAGUUUCUCUGGCCAAGGCCUGGUGGGCAGCAAUGCACGGCUCACCUCACGCUUCCUGUACCACAUAGGGGGCUUCCUCAUCCCUCUGCUGGUGAUGGCCUGGUGCUACACUGGAGUGGUGAGGCGCCUGUGCCAGGCCCAGAGGCGAUACCAGCGGCAGAAAGCUGUCAAGAUAGCCAUCCUGGUGACAGGGGUUUUUUUUUUCUGCUGGUCCCCUUAUAACGUGGUCAUAUUCCUGAACACACUCGUGAUGCUAGGUGCCGUGCCCAAGUCCUGCCAACUGGAUGACCACCUGGCAACAGCUAUUACUACAUGUGAGUUCCUGGGCCUGGCUCACUGCUGUCUCAACCCUGUGCUUUAUACCUUUGUGGGUGUAAAAUUCCGAAGUGACUUAAUUCGCCUGCUGGGGAAGCUGGGCUGCGUGGGCCCUGCUACCCUCCACCGAUUCCUCCCCAGUUGGCGCAAGGGCAGCAGCUCAGAAUCAGAGAAUGCCACCUCUGUCUCCACCUUCUAGGGCCCAACCCCUUAUUCCCUUUCAAGGGUGGAAAGGGAUCCCAGUCCUUCCUGGACCCUGUAAAUGAGGAUCUGCCUUGGAGUCUGAUUAUCACUCUGGACAACUACCCCCAAAAAAGAUUUUUACAGGGACAGGAGAUUGGACAAACCAGACAAACCCUUCUCUUCAAUGGACAUCUCUAUCCAUUGCCCUUCCAAGACCUGGGACCAAGGAUGGAGCCUGGGGUGGGGACAGAGAAACAGAGGCCAAAGCUUGAAAAGGCCUGGUUUGCUUAGCUUGGCGUGAGGGAAAGGGUGUCAUAUAUCCUCCUAGGUCUUCAGGGACAAACUCUUCAAUGAAGUCUAGAGAAAGGCUCAGGAUGAUACCAUCACUUUUAUUCCCUCCAUCUUAGAAUCCCAUACCCCUGGUCACACUUGACCUCCUAAGAGGAAAAGAAUUUUUAGUCUUUUGGGGGAGCUGGCCCUGGGUUAUUGUCCCUCUGGAUCACAAACUGAAGCCUAGAGACUAUUGAGUUAAGGGCUCCAGUUGAGGUGAAUCCACCUGAUAUGUGGGCAGAGACCCUUCCACAUCUGUCUUGCUCCCCCACCUGUCCACCCGCUUAAUUCUUUCAGCUGUACUCACUUUGGCCCGUUCCACAGCCUUGCCAUCUGAGGGCCCUAUUCAAGCAAACAGGAAGCUCAGACUGACCCAGUUCAGGCACCUGGAAGCCUGGCUAAAGGUGACCUUUGUUCUUGACCACAGGCACCCCCAAACCCUCCCUAGCUCAGCUCCGUUCAGGCCCAGGUAGUGCUCUAUAAAGGCUCAAGGUUAGGAUCCCAAUGCCGGUCAGAAAAACGAGGAACAUCUCAGGCCAGGUAUGAGGGAAAGCCUCAUGUGAGGGGAGCAGUUCUGAUAACCUAAGUGCAACUGGUGUCUUUGUAUCUGUGGAGGUGGGGAUUGAUUCUAGCUUUAGACAUGUGCUGGGGGUGGGGAGAGGGAUGUUUCAGGGGUCUUCCACAACAGGAAGACUUUGAAUACCUGCUGCUGUCUACCCAAUGGACAAAUUCUGUUCCACUUUGCAAUUUGGGAAAACUCCUUACCUCCCGGAACAGGGGUAUAUUCAGGAGACUGUGCUGACCUCAGAGAAGGGGAGGCGGCUCACCAGAGAUGAACAAUACAGCUGUGUAGGGGCCCGGAAAUUAGAGGCUCUUCUAGAGAGGACAAGAAGACCAGGAGAGAAAGUCUGCUGGAAGGGCCUCCUGGAGGGUAUCUGAUCAGACCAGCGUCUGACCAAUCCCCUUCCCAAGCAGAAAACUCGGGAUCCUGAGCAGGGAACCCCUACCCAGCUGGGUGAUUCUCUGAGCCUCCCAUUAAACUGUAAGCUCCUUGAAGGCAGACUGGUUUUUGCCUCCUUUUGUAUCUCCAGUGCUUAAUGUAGUGCCUGGUGCAUAGCAGGCAUGUAAUAAAUGUUUAUUGAUUGAUAGAUUGAUAUGUCUACCAUGAAACAGUUCCUGGACUGGCAUCUCCUCAAAGGACCAUGCCCAAACUUACUGGUAGCUAGAAGGGAGAUUCAAACUUCAAAUGGAGAAUGGGGGCACACCAGCCUCCCAGGACCAAGUGCACCUCUGGUAAGGGAAGUGAGGUGGGGGAAGGGACAGGAUGGGGCCCCAGCACCGAACUCUGGGAGGGAAGUCCCCAAACCCCUAAGGAAGCAGCAAUCCACUCUUCUCUGAGGGACCUGCUCAGAUGGAACCGGAGGAAGCUGCUUCUCGCUUAGAGGGGCCCAGCUUGACCAGCCACCCUACAGUCCUACACCAGGCCCCACACCCCUUCGGCCUAGGAGAUGGGGGCUGGCAAGCUCAGAUCUGCUGGACAACCCCAGAACAACACCCUCUACCUCAUAACAACCAAAACACAAUAAAAAGCUACCCCUUCAGGACCUGACUGAGGGGGCAGAAAAAGCCAGUGCUUCUUACCUGACAGAACACGAGGUCUCAAGCCAUCCUUCCUAGCCCAAACAGUGGAACAGAGAACAGACCCAUCAGACACAAAGGCACAAGGCAAGAGGUUGAUUUUUGAAGUUUUUCUUUUUAAUAAAAAGGCACCUAUAAAACAGGUCAAUACAGUACAGGCAGCACAGAGACCCCCGAAACAAGCCUAAAAAUUGUUUCAAAAUAAAAACCAAGAAGAUGUC